GUGAUGCGCAAACACGGACGUCGUCGAGAUGACGAAUUCAGUUCAGCAUCGGCUACCAAAUGGAGAAAAAGUCUCAUCCCCUACUUAUCACAACUAAAGAAUACAAAGCCAAAGUCGCCAAAAGGUAAAGACGUGCUACGGCCUGCAUUACAGCGAAGUGUAUUCGAGUUGGUUGAAGAUACAACACAAAGAUCGCCAGAGGCACCUUUAGUAGAUGAGCCAGGUACAAUAUCCAUUUUAUUGGCCGACCAGCAUGGAUUACAGGUAGAAGUGGCGGCAAGUAUUGGCUUGCAUCUCGUCGGCGAAGAUGGUACGAGGAGAGAAAUAAAGUGUAACCGGGAUCGAAAAGUUUUAGUGAAUGGUCGUGUUAUCUAUGAGGAAUGA